UCACAUCUCACGUUGCAUUGCGUCAAGCAAAAAGGCCUGUCUGGCGAAUUCUGGGUUGGCCUGCAUGAACAGACCUGCGGACGAGCGAAGAGCGAGGAGGGGGUCCAUACAGAGUCCACACCCGCAAACGGGUCCGCUCGAGCCUUUCCCUUACCGGCCUGUCGUUCGAGGUUGCGGAGGCCCCUGGUGAAGAAGUUGUCGCUCCUCCUGUCCCUCUCCUCCAAUUCCCUCAGGAAGGCCUGCACAAGAGGAUGGAGAAGGGGGGAUGACACAUGUCACGUCAGGAGGAGUGAGAUUGGGGCUUGCCUUUCGUUCGUCCUCAGGCGUUGGUUCCGGCUCCUCGAUGAAACACGUCAU